AGAACACGUUUAGCCUCAUUUCCUUAUUGCACAGCUUCACCUGCGGUGCUGUCAGAGGCAGCGGGGUAGGCAGGAAUGCAGCAGACAGGACUCACUGUCAUGGCCUUGGCUGUCUGUGUGGCCCUACACACCUCGGAAGCCAUACUUCCCAUUGCGUCCAGCUGUUGCACUGAGGUUUCACAUCAUAUUUCCAGAAGGCUGCUGGGAAGAGUGAAUAUAUGUCGCAUCCAGAGAGCUGAUGGGGACUGUGACUUGGCUGCUGUCAUCCUUCAUGUGAAGCGCAGAAGAAUCUGUGUCAGCCCACACAAUCGUACUAUUAAACAGUGGAUGAAAGCGCAAGCAGCCAAGAAAAAUGGAAAAGGCAACCUUUGCCACAAGAAGAAAUCCCACGACAAGAGGAACAGUAACAGGGCACAUCAGGGGAGACGUGGAACAUAUGGCCAUAAAACUCCUUAUUAGAGAGUUUACAAAUGCAUCUACAAAGACAAUUCCUCCAGUGAACUUGGCCAUGAUU